AUGACUAGUUAUGAAAGGUCAGUUCGCUUCACUAAUUCCGAUGAUUCGAGCUCUAUGCGCGUCUACGUCAAUAAUAUGAACGUACGCCACGCCACGGUGACUCUUCCCAAACGAAGAGAGUCCGACAGUUUUAUUAACGGCAAUAAAAGUACGAAUACAUCACCAAAGAAAUAUUCCCUGAGCUCUAACUCUCAGCGAAUCUCAAGGCCUGUAAAGGAAUCUUUGAAUGAGCAACGUCGAAUAGAAAGAGCAACGGGACAUAGUUUUGGAUCUAAUCAGAUUCAGCAAAGGGCGGGAAGUCCCUUGGGCACUGUGAACAGUCGUCACGCGUUCUCGAACACGAAUAAGAAUCAUGAAACAAACAUGGACAAAAUCUACCAACGCAUCAUGCAACGUCUACAGCAUGAAAUGAACUACAACGAUUUAGAACGCAUCCCUUUAUAUGACGAGUAUCGUGUUGAUCUCGACAUGAAGGAAUUAGCUGAAAAACUAGGAGAUGAAAAUAUGCUCAAGGACUUUCCUGUUCACAGUGUUAUUAGUGAGGAACGAACUAACCCUUCAGGUAGUCGAUUCGAAUCCAGAAAGGGCUCUGUGGGGUCUAGUAACGCGGGAAAGGAUGAGAAAAACAUGACGUCUAGCUCUGAGGUAUUAAGAGGGCCAAGCCGUAAUUCUGUGUACAACAACAACAGCUUUUUCUCCUCUAGAAAGGGGCUCUCUGGGCCACGCCGUAAUUUGCACUCGUCGGAGCACGGACUAUCCGGGCGGAACAGCACCCAAGAUACCAUAUCAUCGAAAAUAUCCAUCAAUGAUGUCGAGAAGUCUCUGACGCUUCAGCCCUGCCCACUCCCCCUGCAGCUAGUGAUCCAAUAUGUACAAAAAACAAUUCUCGAGAAGAUGGUAUUGGCCGAAACUGGUAGCCUCGAGAACUGCCUCCGUUUUGUCUUUGAAUCUCGAGCGCUGCUCGACCGUUUACUGCGCGAGAUACCCACCUAUUCCUCCUUCCCACACGCCGACUUGGUGGACACCGGCAAACUUCCCUACAUUUCCAGACGAAGGAGGACAACCUCGCCGACAAACGCGCUGUGCAAUGCUGCCGAGCGCGGUGGGAAUGGUGGAGAUUUACCCAACAUGCGGCUCCACGAACUCUUUCAGAAAUUUAACAAAAAUCCCGUUCUGCUGCCGCGCGGCCGCUUCGUACAAGACGAGGAAACCGGCGCCGUGUGUGCCGAGCUGGAUCGUUCUCAGGAGGUGGCCAUGCGGAAGGUAUCGAGUCCUGUCUUUGAAGUGCAUGCCAGCAUUUCUCGUCCGUUGUCCGCUUCACAGAUACAGAGGUCCUCUCUUAAUGUUAGCAAUAGCAAUAGUCCGAUGGUGAAAACAAUCUAUGAUAUGUAUAUUAAACGGAAUCGAGAGACAGGAGCCGAAACGUUUGAACCGCCCAACUCAGGACCUGACAUGAACUUCACCCGUGCUUCUGAGCCCGAGAUUCAGUUGCCGUCUUCGUACGGCAAGUCAAGCCGGCUUCGUAAAGAGGCAGAUAAUUUCCAAUCUCAGCAUAAGAAUACGCGACGAACCCAACGAAUGGGUGCGGCCAUGAUCACCAGAAAAUCCGAUACAACGCCGCUCGAUCCGUUCUCCACUCCCACCGCAAUAAAUCCCGUGGCUCUCAAGACCUCUCAGGCCCCCGGCGCGGGCCUUUUGCAAUCCCAGGGCAAUCCCCCCGCCCUCGAGGGUUCGACCUUGCCCAUGGUAGAGAAAAUCGCGCGGCAAAAGAUCAACGUCGCGACCAUGACGGAGAUCACGGACGAUACCCAAUUCGUUUCCCUCGCGGAGUACAAAAAGUUGGAAGAUCAAAACGAGGCAAUUCGGCUGGAGCUGGAGGAAUCCAGCCACGCCUGUAGACGCCUGGCGGAGGAUCUGCAAAAUGAAUCCAGCUAUACGGAGCGUCGGGCGCAUAUCAUACAGUACCUGCGCGAGACGCUGAUGCAGGAGUGCACGCUCCUUCGCCGGCAGCUCGUGAUGCCGAUGCGGCGGGAGCCUCGACCGCAUAACAGCCUCCUCCCCAGACGAGUGAUGGAGAAUGGUAAUACCAUUCCAGGAGCCUCCUCCAUCUAUAGCGGGCAUGAAAAGCUGAGUGGGUAUAGUACGCCGACUCAUGGGUGCUCGCCGACGCAGCUGGGUGGCUCGUUGGUGAGCCGAAGCAUACCCAUGGGACUUUCCCGCACCUCCGCGCAGCACUCGAUGAUCAAUCCCGGGGGCCACGGGUUAAGCAAUGGCAACCUGAACUCGACCCUGAUGGAUAGCAACCUGGGAAGGAGAGGGACCCCUCAGGAGCACAGCAAACAUCCCACGCGGAGUUCGAACCUCACCGGGAGUGGGACCCAACCCCCACAUCUGCCCAUGCGCGACUCCACCGGCUACUCCAGUUCCAAUCACGACAUGGGCGCGAUGGCGUCGCUGAUGGCCAUCCAACACCAGCCCCCCCCCCCGCCGUAG